AUGGAGUCGCCGUUGGUGCUGCUGCUUCAGUGCUUCAACGCUCAGCUGCUUCAGUGCUUCAACGCUCAGCCUCCGCGCCGCUGCUCAGAUGCCUCCAUCGGAAGCCGCCACCGCCGCCGGUCAGUCGCUCUGCUCGAAGCAGCAGCCUCCGCCAGUCGCCUCUGCUACGCGGCCGCCGAUGGGCACAGCUGCCGCCGCCGCCGCCGGUCGCUCCGCUCGAAGCCGCCGCAGCCGAAGGCACAGCCGCCUCCUCCUCCUUUUUCGUAG